AUGUCAUUACUUGGGCCUAACAAAAAACAGCAAAUAACUGCUGAAGCAAUUAGAGAAGAGUUUAAAUAUAUUCAAACAUUAUCAGAUUUAUUUGCUGUACUACAAGACAAAUACAUAUCUUGGUUCAACUAUAAACUUAUGAUAAAACUUGUUGAAGUAUUUCUACCCAAAAAUCGUUUGUUAAAGAGGACUUGGUCGUCAUAUGAAGAGAAGUUAAAGGAUUAUUUUAUAAACAGUGGUGGACUAUUGAAAGAUGCUGAUGCUGUACAGUUUGGUGUAAAAGGUGUUCCUCCUGGUACACGAGUAAUGAUUGCUAAAGUUGACAGAGAUGACUACACACUGGAUGACAUAUUCUUCUUUCGUAGAGCAAUACCAAAAGGUUUGGAUAUUCCAGAAUAUGAUCUUUACUUCAGUUUCGUCUAUGAUGGUUCUCUCUGUUUGGGUUACCUCAUUCCUGAGUAUCUUUAUUCUUUAUUAUUUCCUCUAACUACAAAGCUACAGCAACAGUUAGCUAGUAUUGGUAUCACUGAACUAACAUGUGGUGAAGAUAAAUAUGAUCUAAGAAAGUUAUCAAUAGAAGAGGUUAAGCACUCAUCCACUGAUAUUGGUACAGGUGCUCAUAAUGUAGUACAGAAUACUGCUCCUCCUCUGCAAUCAUCAACUCCUAAACCACUAGCAAGAUCGUUUUCAUAUUUAUCACCAGCACCACCACAGUCUCCCCCUCCUUCUCCAUCAUUCCAUCAGACCACACCUCCUUCACCACACCCACCUUUACAGGUAUCCUCAUCUCUGAGUGAAUUACAGUUGAAGAGGCUGAAGGUGAUGGAUGAGAUCUGUGAUAUAUUGAGUGACAUACCAUCAACUAGAAUGACAGAACUGUUUGGACUCUCAGCCUGUUACCUCAAGAAGAAACUGGCAAUGAGGAAGAAACUAUUAGCUCAAGAAAAGGAAUUAAACCGAAAGAUAUCAUCAUCAUCUUAUCUUAAUGUUACUACACCACAAUCAGCUGAUUCAGCUCCACCCACCAAUCAAUCACUAGCCCCGCCCGUUACUAACACCUCAUGGUCUAUAGCCACACCCACUUAUCACACAUCAGGGGCGGAGUCACUCGUUCCCCCACCCACUCAUCAAGAGGUGGAUCCAGUGGGUGAUUGGGAGGAGUUUGAUGAUAUUCCAAUGGACAUGAUACCAGAAGUGGAUCCUGUUGAGAUGAUACAAGAGGAGGAGGAGGAGGAGGAGGAGGAGGUUUGUAUUGAUUUAACUGAUUCACCAUAUCCUGACCCACCCACUUCAAUUACUCCAUCAGUUACUCCUUCAUCUUAUAAUCGUCAUCUCAACUUUGAAUCACCGAGUACCUCCACUUCAUUUAAACCUCCAUUUAAUGUCCAGUCUACUCCAUUUAAUGCCCACUCUACAUUUUCAAUUAAUGCCCCAUCAACAUCUACAUUUAAUGUACCACCUCCUACUCCAUUUAAUGCCCAACAUCAACCUACAGUGAGUUCUAGUCUCAUAAAACCCUCUAAAGGUUCUGAGACAGUUCCAGACAAUUCCGCCGAGUUUCGUGGCUCUUAUGAUCACGCUCCCCUCCUAAGGAAGGUAUUUCGGGAGAAGUUUGGUCUCCAGGAGUUUCGUCCGAAUCAACUUGAGGCGAUCAAUGCAGCUGUACUUGGUAAGAACUGCUUCAUAUUGAUGCCUACUGGAGGGGGUAAGAGCCUCUGCUAUCAGCUACCAGCACUGCUACUGGAUGGAGUCACUAUUGUAGUCUCACCACUGAGGUCACUGAUACAGGAUCAAGUACAGAAACUGAACAGCUUAGAAGUAAAGGGAGAGAAGGAAUUAGUUUAA